AUGCGGGCAGCGGCGGGGGGCGCGCGGGCGGCCGCGCUGGCGCUGCUGCUGGGGGCGCUGCACGGGGCGCCGGCGCGGGGCGAGGAGUACGACUACUACGGCUGGCAGACCGAGCCGCUGCACGGGCGCUCGUACUCCAAGCCGCCCCAGUGCCUCGACAUCCCCGCUGACCUGCCGCUCUGCCACACGGUGGGCUACAAGCGCAUGCGGCUGCCCAACCUGCUGGAGCACGAGAGCCUGGCCGAAGUGAAGCAGCAGGCGAGCAGCUGGCUGCCGCUGCUGGCCAAGCGCUGCCACUCGGACACGCAGGUCUUCCUUUGCUCGCUCUUCGCGCCCGUCUGCCUCGACCGGCCCAUCUACCCUUGCCGCUCUCUGUGCGAGGCUGUGCGCGCCGGCUGCGCGCCGCUCAUGGAGGCCUAUGGCUUCCCCUGGCCCGAGAUGCUGCACUGUCACAAGUUCCCCCUGGACAACGACCUCUGCAUCGCUGUGCAGUUCGGGCACCUGCCCGCCACCGCGCCUCCAGUGACCAAGAUCUGCGCCCAGUGUGAAAUGGAGCACAGCGCUGACGGACUCAUGGAGCAGAUGUGUUCCAGCGACUUCGUGGUCAAAAUGCGCAUCAAGGAGAUCAAGAUAGAGAAUGGGGACCGGAAGCUAAUUGGAGCCCAGAAAAAGAAGAAGCUGCUCAAGCCAGGCCCCCUGAAGCGCAAGGAUACCAAGAGGCUUGUGCUGCACAUGAAGAAUGGCGCCGGCUGCCCCUGCCCACAGCUGGACAGCCUGGCUGGCAGCUUCCUGGUCAUGGGCCGCAGAGUAGACGGACAGCUGCUGCUCAUGGCCGUCUACCGCUGGGACAAGAAGAACAAGGAGAUGAAGUUCGCGGUCAAGUUCAUGUUCUCAUACCCCUGUUCCCUCUACUACCCCUUCUUCUACGGGGCGGCAGAGCCCCACUGAAGGGCUC